CAAGGUUGUUUGGAUUUUGAUAUCGGUUUUAGUUUUGUUGUUGUUUUGUUCGGCCGUAUUUUUAGUUAAAGUACAGAUUAUAUCCAAAAGUAUACUUAAUUUGAUGGUAUAAAGUGCAUUAUUAGUUGUUAACAGUUCCUUAAAAUGCUGCCAAAGAUUGCCAUGCUUCGCGUACAUAAGCUUGCAUCUUUUGGAGUUACAAUCCGGAAGUUGAGCACCUUCACCGAACGGGAUGGCAUCGGCCACAUCCUGCUGGACAACGAAAAAACCCGCAACUCGUUGUCCCUGGCCAUGAUGGACAGCAUCCAGCAGCACAUAACCGCCCAUCAGGAAAAUCCGGCCGUGCGUUGUUUCGUACUCUCCGCCAAGGGCCACGUCUUUUCGGCCGGACACAAUCUGAAAGAGUUAACCGCCGACAAGGGAACAGAUUUCCAUAAACAGGUGUUCGGCAAGUGUUCCGAACUGAUCGGGGUCAUUCUGAGGGCUCCCGUUCCGGUCAUUGCCAAAGUGGAUGGACUGGCCGCUGCCGCCGGAUGUCAACUGGUGGCUUCCUGCGAUAUGGUCGUCUGUAGUGAGAAGAGUACUUUCUCCACUCCGGGGGCCAGUUUCGGAAUAUUCUGCUCAACGCCGGGAAUUGCCGUGGCCAGAGCUGUUCCCAGAAUGAAAGCUUCCUACAUGCUGUUCACUGGGCUUCCCAUUAGCGCUCAGGAAGCACUGGAAUCUGGACUGGUUAGCAAAGUGGUUCCAUCGGAUAAGUUGGACCAGGAAAUAGAAACAAUUUGCCAGGCGAUCAAGUCGAAAAGUCGUUCCGUGAUUGCGCUUGGGAAGAAGUUCUUCUACGAACAGAUUGCAAUGGACGUGAAUAGUGCCUACCGGAAGGGAGAGCAAGUUAUGGCUGACAAUUUGGGAACGCCGGACGGCCAGGAAGGAAUCAAGAGCUUCGUUGAGAAGCGGAAACCAGUCUGGAGACAUCAGUGAUCGAGUGGCGGUGAGUAGGACGAUGUGGGAAAUUGCAUUUAUCGUUGAAAUUUUAUUGUUGGCAUUUGAUCUAUUUUUAUAUAGCUUUUUCGAAUA